AUGGUAACCACCGUGCACAAAGGCUUCCGUACUCAAAUCUGUGAUGCUGCAUCCACACAUUGGUUAAUUAUACACGUUGAGUUUCCUGGGUCAGAGGUAGCUCUCGCUGCAAGCAGCCGCCUCCUUCGGCUCUUCCAUUGUAGGCGCGGCGGAGAGUUGCGCGCGCGGGGCUGCUCCCGCGCCCUUCCCCGGAGCCCCGCGGCGCUUGGUGGCGAUGUAGGCAGGCGCGCGGACGUUUUGCACCUCGACUUCGCGGCACAAAACGGCUCCGCGGCUUCCCCGCCACCACCAACCCAUCGGCGCCCUCCGCGGGACGCGGCGCCCGCCGCUGCCGCCUUUAUGAGCUCGGGCGUCCGAGAGCACAAGGUGAGAGGAAGUAACAGGAUGAGCCAUAUGGAAGAGAACUUUAGACCUGAGGACGCUCGAUCUCAGCUGGUGACCAAAAGAAAACUCCUAAAGAUGCUAAGCUUAAGCCCUGGACACAGCCAAGCCCGUGGAUCCGAAACAAGGGAGAAGAAGAUACCAUCAGUGACAUGGCCAGUGAAACCGGUACAUACCAUCAAGAAACGCAAAGCCUUCUUGGUACAUCGGGGUACCCAGACAGAAGAGAUCCCCGAUAUCUGCAUUGAAUGUGGGAAGGUCUUCAUCCAGAACUCCAGCCUGAUCAGCCCGUGGCCGGUCCAGAGCGACGACAAACCACACAAGUGUUCCGAAUGCGGGAAAAGCUUUACUGUCCGUUCCAGCCUCAACAGACACCAGAGAAUCCACACUGGGGAAAAACCGUACAUAUGCCUCGAUUGCGGUAAGCGAUUCAACGAUAAGUCCAACCUCACUCAGCACCAGCGGAUCCACACGGGCGAGAAGCCCUACGAGUGCAUCGACUGUGGCAAGAGUUACAGCCGCAGCUCUCACAAGAAGAAGCACUUGAAGGACCCCGCGGAGGAGCCGCAGGACGUUUGCGCCCAGGUGGACGGGGCCAACGCCAGUGCCGUCGACGAGAAGCCCAAAGUGAAGCCGAAAGCAGAAGUGCUGAACACGUGCACCGAGUGCCUGCGGAGCUUCGGCCACAACGCCGACCUGAUCAAGCACAUGCGCAUCCACACGGGGGAGAAGCCCUACAAGUGCGGCAUCUGCGAGAAGAGCUUCAACGUCAGUUCGAAUCUCUUUCGGCACCAGAGGAUCCACACCGGGGAGAAGCCGUACGUGUGCUCCGAGUGUGGGAAUUGCUUCACUGACAAAUCGACCCUAGUCCAGCACCAUCGGAUCCACACCGGGGAGAAACCUUACGCCUGCCGGUUCUGUGGCAAAUGUUUCAGCCACAGCUCCCACCAUAAAAGACAUGAGAAGAUCCACAACCGAGAGAAUCCCUUGUUCGCCUACCCGAUCCCGUUGUUUUAACAGGCUGCUCCUGUUGGGAGGGGAGUAUAGAGAACCGCGCCUCGGGGAACUUCCUUUUUUUUUUUAUUCUUGAAGAGUGCAGGACCCGUUUCGGCUGAUUCCGGUCAUCUGGUUUUCGGCUGCCCCAGAAAGUUCACUUUUGAUUGAAUAUAACUUCGCAAUGUCUAAGCACGCGGUAAGCUCUAGAUGGUACAGAGCAGCCUUCUCCUCCCUGGAAUGCUCUCAGGAUGCUGAACUACAGUUUCAGUGGUUGUACGGUCUGGGAAUGUACGAGACCAGCGUUUCUCAACCUUGGCAGCUUUAAGACUGUGGACUUCAACUCCCAGAAUUCCAGGAGCUGAAGUCCACACGUCUUAAAGUUGCCAAGGUUGAGAAACGCUGUAUGAGACUGUAGUUCAGUCCCUCUAAAGCACACCGAUUUGGAGAAAGCUGCUGUGUAAGUUAGAACGAACACUCAAAAUGUGAUGAUUUUUGAUAGGAAUGUUCGUAAUUCCAGGUAGGUUUUCAGAAUAUUGAUACCCAGUUAUUUUUCAAAUGGGUCCUUCACAGGAAUAUUGGGGAUACUUGGAAAUACUGUAUAUAUCACUUCCGUUUUUUGUAUGGAAAUCUGUCAAAUUAUUUAUUGAUAAUCUCCUAAUUGUAUUUAAUGAUGAGUGAACCUUCUGGUGAUUCCAUUGUUUUGAUUCCCUGGACCUCCCUUCGUUUCUAGCUCAACUGACUACCUACACAAGCCUUCCCCGAAGCCCAGGGAUCUCCAGGUAUGUGGGGAAAUGGCUCCUGUCCCUCCCCCAGUUGGGGAAGAAUGGGAGUUGUAAUCACAUACAGCUGGGCAGACUGGACUGGGAGAAGCUGGAUUGCAUGGACCAGGCCGCGAGUGGAGUGAGAUGAGAAGGCUACCAAUCUCUAUGCAAAGACUCGGUGGAGUGAUAGAGAAUCUGCUCUUAGGCAAGUUGUAAAAUUGCCUCAAUAGCCCCUUGGCUUUAGGGGGGAAUGGUGUGUCCCGGCUAUUGAACCCCUCUCCACCGCCAUCUGCUGAAUUAGGAGGCCCAAGUUCAAGAACCUACAUUUUGAUGGACUGAGAUUAAUCCAUUUUUCAGAUGUCUUGUUGGUUAGCUGAGUGGGUUGAGUUCUCUUGAGGCCUCUCUAAAAAUUAUAUUUCCCAGACCUUGGAACUAUUGUUCUUUGCUGCUCUUUGGCAGCAUUUGGCAAUUAGGAACGGACAUCCAGCGGCUGAAAAUCAGUGUAAUUCUCUAACAACAGGAAGACAAAUUGUGCGUUGGCACUUUAAGAGACUGAGUGGCUGUUGUACUGGGGCUUCCCCAGGCCAGAGACUCCAUCAGAUGCUCACCCAGGAGACUGUAUAUAUAUGUCUGUCUGUCUGUGUGUGUGUGUCACAUGUACACACAGACCGGUUGAAAACCAAACUAAGCAAGGUGGGAUCUGGAAGUAAUACAACACACCUGGAUUAGCGGACCACUGAACAUAUGAAUGCAAUCUUUAAUGAAAUGGAGGAUAUUGUACUUUUUGUAGUGAGCAGGUCACGUAUAACAUUUAUUCCACCCUGAAGAAUCUUACCAAAUUUCUUAGUGGAUUCUUAUUCCUGUUUUCUGAUGCUUUUUUUUCUUUUUUUCUUUCAAAGUAUCGCAGCCUUCAGGACAAAAACGGAGCGUUCAGAAGAGCUGCAGUCACCUUACCCCUUAAUUUCUCUGUGUGUUCCCAUUUGUUAAGUCCAGUUUAUGUUCAGAUACAUGUUCUCACCAGUUCUGAUCCAGCUAGCAGUCCCUGCUACUCAGAUUGGCGAAAAUACUGUUCGAAUCUUGGCACUUUGCAGGUGGAGUUGCUCCUUCUGCGCCUCAAAUUCUUGUUGGUGUUAAAAAAAAAGAAAGAGAAAAAUGGAGAGAAAGAAAAGGUCCACCAGAAAUAUGCCAUGAUCUUCUAACUGGAGAGUUGUGUUGAUUAAUUCCUGAAAAGGCAAAUGAUGUUGAGCUUUAGAAGUCAGGUGGGGCUGUAAAUCUAGGUCUAACAGAAGUAGCCAGAAAAUGAAAAAAAGUAACACGGUGGGGAAGGUUUGGAAUUAGCUGUCCAUAGAAGAAUGGUUUUUGCUAUAGCGAAAUAAUUUUUGUGGCUAGCUUUUAUCCUUUCCGUAGGCAUCCUUUACGAAGAUGUUUGUCGUUUAGUAGAGUGUCUGAUAGGAAACCUAACCCCUGGCUUAUUGUAGCAGUUGAUUCUACAGGUUAAUUAUGGCUUUUUAGUUAUUACUGAUGAUUCUGAGAAGGAAAGGGCUGUGGGUUUCGGAGUUCUACAGAUAGAGGGGGAAAAGAACAAAAAAACAAAGCAUUACAGCUGGGAUCCAUUUGUUUCUGUUGUGUGCAUUUUUGUGUUCAAGAGGGCGACACCUUCGUUAACACACAGGCAUUUAGAAUGUUUCCACGUUACUUGUAUGAAUUUUGUUCUUGCUUUGGCGCUUUUUUUUUUUUCCUUUUUUAAAUUGGCAUGGUACAACCUGACUUCAAAUGUUUCUGCUGCUUUUUCUGCCAGCGUAAUCUCUGAAAAGUCACCACAGCACUGCCCGCAAUCUAACAUUCGUCAUGCUGCUCAAUGGAGCACUUGGUUCAAACCUUUCCCAAAGUAUGUUUGCAACAGCAUAGAAUGCCUUGGGUGCCCAGAGCGCCAUUUCCGUUUGUGUUUGCCUUCUGGGAUAACCAAGGCCAUGAACCUUUGCAUCCCCAGAAGCUCAUUUGAAAUAAUAAUGGGGUUUUCUGGGUCAGUAACUAUGAACGGUUCCAUGCAGGCCUCCUGAGGAUCAGUUUCACAGAGGUUGAUCGUGGCGUAGUUAGCUUUUUUAAAAGGGUAUGCGUCGGCGGUUGGGAACUUUUCUCCUUCCAGAUUUGGUCGGCCUACAGUUCCUAGAGGUCCCUGCUGCUCUGUCUAGAAGAUAUGUCCCUGUUCCCGGUAGAUCAGUCAAGGCCUAUUUCAGUAGUUAGGAGAAAUAGAGGGGAAGCCAGAUUCAGUGCUAGCAGUGCUAGCUAAAUACUAGCUGCUGAAGAGGUGGUUAUGUACCACCAGGGGUUACUAAUGAAGUCCUUGUAGUUUCUAGAUGGGUCAUGAAGGAAAAGUCCUGCAUUACAUCACCUUUCCCACUGACUAGGCUGGUUUAAAAAGGUGGGAAGAUAGUCCAGCAUUCUCAGCAGACCUUAGGCUGCUAGACUCAGAGAGUCUCCAAUCCGAAUCAGCAAGGUAAUUGCCGAAUGUCUCUUCCCACCUGCCUGCCCGCUUAUUCCCAAAAUGUUAGGUAUACUUGGUACUCUAAGCUUCAUUAUGGAACUUAAAUGGAAGGCAACUAUGAUGUGUUUCCAGUCCAUAUGUUUCCCAGCACACUGAGCCUUUCCCACAGUCUGCCUAUCUGUUUCCCAGUGCAAGAUUUCACAUUAAUUUCAGGUAUAGAUACAGCUCCAUGCACCAGAUGGCUUCCCCUCUAAUGAAUUAAACAGGGAGGCUCAUCUUACAGGAUCUCACAAGUAAACAGUGGGGGACCUGGGGCUCUGGACUGGUGGGUGUUGAACCCUUUUCCCCACUGUGCACAUGCGUGAUUCACAUUUUUUUCUUUUUUAAAAAAAAGGUAAUGUAUGAUUUUAAGGCAAUCUUGCUGUUAAAGUGAAUGGAGAUUUAUAAUAAUUUAAUCAGCAUAGUAUCUAAGCAUUUCCCUGGUGAAUGAAAUCUUAAUUAAAAAAUAAAAUAAAAUCCAGCUUAUUAUGUUCA